GUUGUGGAAAGUCAUGUGAAAGCAGAAUGGAUUAUUCCACCAGUUAAAGUUAGAGAAAAUGAAGAGCAUACCAAAAAUCCAAUUGCCAAGAUUCGAUCUGAUGUAAAAGAUGUAGUUAAAUACGAAAUUGUUGGUGAAGGAGCUGAUCAGAAACCUUAUCACUUAUUUAUUAUUAAUCCAGACAAUGGUGAGGUUAGCAUCACAUCAAUGGUUGACAGAGAAGAAAAGGACAUCUACAAACUGAAAGGACGUGCUUAUAACGCUGCAGGAAAACAAGUGGAAAAUGAUAUUGACCUGCUGGUUAAAAUUGAAGAUGUUAAUGAUAACAGUCCCAAGUUCACACAGAAUUUUUUUUCUGGGAGCGUUUAUGAACUGAGUGAGAGAGAUACUUUUGUAAUGCAAAUAAAUGCAACUGACGCGGAUGAGCCAAACUCAAGAAAUUCACUCAUUGCUUACGAAAUACUUGAACAGAGCCCUGCAGACAUGUUUUAUGUUGAAAGGAACACGGGCAGAAUUAUGGUAGCGGAGUCUACCCUUGACAGAGAGACACAGUCAAAGUAUACUCUUACGGUACAAGCCAAAGAUUUGGAUGGAGAAUUGGGUGGUUUGGCUACCACAGUACAACUUGACAUUAAAAUUAAAGAUGUCAAUGACAAUGCUCCAGCACUGGAGUUUGAGCCUUAUGAAGGUAGUGUUGUUGAAAAUACAAAAGGCGUGGAAGUAAUGAGAAUGAAAGCCCUUGAUGCAGAUGAAGAAUUUUCAGAGAACUGGCUUGCUGAAUUCGAAAUUGAAUCGGGCAAUGAAGGGGGUUACUUCAGGAUUGAGACUGAUGUAAAGACUAAUGAAGGGAUUUUGAUUCUACAAAAGGAAGUUGACUAUGAAGAAUUACAGAGCAUUAUCCUCACUGGUGUUGUCAGAAACAAAGCAGCUUUCCAUAUUUCAAAGGGAUCCUCAUCAUUUUCUUCAAUUCUAAAAUAUUUUGAAGUUAAAAUCAAAGUGAAAAAUGAGCCUGAAGGUCUUAAGUUUACCCCAAAGGUAAAGGCAAUUUACAUUUCUGAGGCGACGUCAAAAGUUGAUCUUACAAAAGUAAUUGCAAAGUAUCCAGCCAUUGAUGCAGACACUGGAAAAAUUGCUGAAAAAGUCAAGUAUGUAAAGAAAUAUGAUCCUCAUAAUUGGCUGAUAAUUGAUCUGAAGACUGGAGAUAUUAAACUUGCAAAAGUACCAGACCGUGAAUCAAAAUUUUUGGUUAAUGGCACAUAUACUGCAGAAAUAUUGGCCAUUACAGAUGAUUUACCUGCAAAAACUGCUACUGGUACUAUUGCAAUCCAGGUAGAAGACUUCAAUGAUCACUGUCCAGUUCUUACAAGUACCUCUACAGACAUGUGUUCUAAUGAGAAAUCGGUGGUAGUCACAGCUGUAG